CUAUAUAUGUGAGCCCUCUUUUGUUAUUUGCAUUUUUUCGUUGCAAAAUUCAUAGACUCACAAAAACUCAUGAUUCCCAACAAAAGCUUUUCGUUUAUUACGUUAACGCCCCUCAAACGGACCUAUCGAAGCAUCCGUCACCUCCCAAUGACUUCACUUCCCAGUACCCCACCGCACUCGCCCUUGCGAAGCUUGCUGCGAGUGGUGUCACAGCAGAUACCGAACAGCAUGGAAGGUGACAGUUACUAAAGUCAUAGUUGGAGCAAUGAAACAGAAAAUAAUGUCACAGACAGUGCCUCCGAGAUCUGAAAACUUUAGCGACACGAAAGUGUUCAACUUUCAAGAGUUUUAUAUUCAAAACGUGGACACACUUUGAACAUUGACGUGACAGAUCGCUGUUUAGCUAGCUCGCUAACCCUGCUAGCUAAGUUAUUUUGGUGUGCAGAAUCAAUUCGAUAGCCAUCGCUAAACUCAAGGACGGCGUAGGGUGGAGACAGGCUGCCAACUGAAUAUUUAAAGAAAACGUCUGUAAAUUAUAUUUUUUUAAAUAAGGAAAUCCGGAAGGAUCCACAGGGGGUGCUAGGAUAUCGACAAGAAACGACUAGUUCCUGCAAAGAUGCUGGGAAAUCCUGGAUGUGUGGCAGUUUCAGGUGGCUGGUGUGUAUGAGUGUGGGCAGCGGCUGGUGAGCGUCGUAGUCCACGGGGAUGGGGAAUGGAGUCCAGCAACACCAGGCAACACCACUCACACAAGGAGAGGUGCUGCCACUGCCCUCCGACAGCCAGACAGAGGGUCUAAAGCCCCAGACACGGUCCGUGGUUAACUCCCUCCUCUCAGGGGCCUUAGCUGGAGCCUUGGCCAAAACUGCCGUGGCCCCACUGGACAGAACCAAGAUCAUCUUCCAAGUGUCCUCAGCAAGAUUCUCUGCCAAGGAGGCGUAUAGGUUGAUCUAUCGGACCUACCUGAAGGAUGGCUUCCUCAGCCUGUGGAGGGGCAACUCUGCUACCAUGGUGCGGGUCAUCCCCUACGCUGCCAUCCAGUUCUGUGCUCACGAGCAGUACAAGAGACUACUGGGUGGAUACUUUGGCUUCCAGGGAAAAGCCCUGCCGCCGGUGCCAAGGUUACUGGCGGGUUCUAUGGCUGGUACCACAGCUGCCAUGCUCACCUACCCUCUGGACAUGGUGCGAGCCAGGAUGGCUGUCACGCCCAAGGAGAUGUACAGUAACAUAAUCCAUGUGUUUGUGCGUAUCUCUCGUGAAGAGGGUUUGAAGACACUGUAUCGUGGUUUCACCCCCACCAUACUGGGUGUGGUGCCCUACGCUGGGCUCAGCUUCUUCACCUACGAGACUCUCAAGAAAAUGCAUGCAGAGCGGAGCGGUCGCCCCCAGCCCUACUCGUACGAGCGGUUGGUGUUCGGGGCAUGCGCAGGUCUCCUGGGUCAAUCGGCCUCCUACCCGCUGGAUGUGGUGCGGCGGCGCAUGCAGACGGCGGGCGUGACUGGGCACACCUACGGCACCAUCCUGGGUACCAUGCGGGACAUCGUGGCAGAGGAGGGCGUGGUGCGUGGACUCUACAAGGGCCUCAGUAUGAACUGGGUCAAAGGGCCCAUCGCUGUGGGCAUCAGCUUCACCACCUUUGACAUGACACAGAUCCUUCUGAAGAAGUUGUACCAGCUGAGGUAUAAUAACAGGUAACCAGUAGGGAGACACUGGUGGAGGGAUGGAGAAGACAACGGCGAGGGGAAUGAGGACCAUAGAUAAUAGCAGGACAGUCGCUCUAUGAGAACCUCGGCACAAAC